AUGCCAGAAACAUUGAGUGUCACCUAUACAGUGCCAGAAGCAUUGAGUGCCACCUAUACAGUGCCUGAAGCAUUGAGUGUCACCUAUACAGUGCCUGAAGCAUUGAGUGCCACCUAUACAGUGCCAGAAGCAUUGAGUGCCACCUAUACAGUGCCAGAAGCAUUGAGUGCCACCUAUACAGUGCUAGAAGCAUUGAGUGCCACCUAUACAGUGCCAGAAGCAUUGAGUGCCACCUAUACAGUGCCAGAAGCAUUGAGUGCCACCUAUACAGUGCCAGAAGCAUUGAGUGCCACCUAUACAGUGCCAGAAGCAUUGAGUGCCACCUAUACAGUGCCAGAAGCAUUGAGUGCCACCUAUACAGUGCCUGAAGCAUUGAGUGCCACCUAUACAGUGCCAGAAGCAUUGAGUGCCACCUAUACAGUGCCAGAAGCAUUGAGUGCCACAUAUACAGUGCCAGAAGCAUCUAGUUGCACCUACACAGUGCCAGAAGCAUUGAGUGCCACCUACACAGUGCCAGAAGCAUUGAGUGCCACAUAUACAGUGCCAGAAGCAUUGAGUGCCACCUAUACAGUGCCUGAAGCAUUGAGUGCCACCUAUACAGUGCCUGAAGCAUUGAGUGCCACCUACACAGUGCCAGAAGCAUUGAGUGCCACCUAUACAGUGCCUGAAGCAUUGAGUGCCACCUAUACAGUGCCUGAAGCAUUGAGUGGCACCUAUACAGUGCCUGAAGCAUUGAGUGCCACCUAUACAGUGCCUGAAGCAUUGAGUGCCACCUACACAGUGCCAGAAGCAUUGAGUGCCACCUAUACAGUGCCUGAAGCAUUGAGUGCCACCUAUACAGUGCCUGAAGCAUUGAGUGCCACCUACACAGUGCCAGAAACAUUGAGUGCCACAUAUACAGUGCCAGAAGCAUUGAGUGCCACCUAUACAGUGCCUGAAGCAUUGAGUGCCACCUAUACAGUGCCAGAAGCAUUGAGUGCCACCUAUACAGUGCCAGCAUUGAUGCCUGAAGCAUUGAGUGCCACCUGUACAGUGCCUGCAUUGAGUGCCACCUAUACAGUGCCUGAAGCAUUGAGUGCCACCUACACAGUGCCAGAAGCAUUGAGUGCCACCUAUACAGUGCCUGAAGCAUUGAGUGCCACCUAUACAGUGCCUGAAGCAUUGAGUGCCACCUAUACAGUGCCAGAAGCAUCUAGUGCCACCUAUACAGUGCCUGAAGCAUUGAGUGCCACCUAUACAGUGCCUGAAGCAUUGAGUGCCACCUAUACAGUGCCUGAAGCAUAA